AUGUCAUUGAGAAAUCCUUUAAACAAUUCCGCAGCUGCUACAAACAAAACCCUAGCCGCCGGUGCAAUUGGCGUUGGUGCAUUUUUCCUAUUGAUGGCACGUUAUUAUCCUCAACAAAAUAGAUUCAAGACCAUAUUUGAAGAAAGUGACGAGUAUUUUAGACAAGAGCACCCAAAAAAAUUCAAGAGAAGCGAAAAAGAUUAA